GUUUUCCCAUAAUACCCUUUUAUUUUAUAAGUUAAUUACUCUCCAUUUUUUCCCACAUUUCCCUCACCUUCCCUCUAUUUUGAAGGUUUCUGUUUGAUAUUUGCUUUGUCUCUGACGAUCACCAUUUUCCUCUCCUCAAACCAAUCACCAUCUUCCUCUUCUCAAAACUUCCUUCAAGCUUCCCCACUCUCCGGCGGUGCUCCACCGUUCCAACGCCUCAAUCGAACCAAUUGCCCUUUCAUUUUCUUCUUCCACAAAAGAGCCGAGAUCAUCUUUUUGGAAGCUUGCUUUGUUUUUGCAUCGAUUUCAAAGCCAUUUUUGGAACUUUGCUUUGUUUUUGCAGUCUCCCAGUUUAUCUUGUAGUGAGAAAUGUCUUCCAAAUCUUCAUUUAACAAAGAUAAGAAAUCGUUAUCAAUUGUUCAUCCAAAAUCAAACGAUAUGUUUCAAGUAAGUAUUUUUUAUGUAUUUAAAAGUUUUAUCAUCUGUAAAUUUAUUUAUUUUUUUUAAAAUUUUUUGUUGCUAUUAAUACUUCUUUCUAUAAUUAACAUAUGUUUUUUAAUUUUCAUUUAUUUGUACAGUAUUAUUUAAAUGAAGAUAAAUUACUUUUUGUGCAUUCUAAUAUUCGAGCUCAAUGCUAUUGGAGUGAUAUUGGAUGCAUUCAAAGUUUUCUCAGUAAUGAAGAAGUACAACUGCUAAAACAAUCUUGCCUUGGGUUCAUUCUAGAUUUGGAUGCAUUACUUGAACCAUCGCAUAUGAUCAUGCAUUCUCUUCUUCUACAUGAGGAUGGCAGCUCUAAUGGGAAUGAGCUUCAUCUAAAUUUUGGAGGUAACAAAACAAAAUUUGGCAUUGAAGAAUUCAGAAUUAUAACAAAUUUAAAUUGCAAUGAAAUUCAUGCUGACAUGGGGGUUACCAAUGAUAAUAAUCGAUUACUUGUUAAAUAUUUAAGUGGAAAAUCAUCAAUAUCUAGAAAUGAGUUGAAAGAUUUCGUUAAAUCUAGAAAAAUAGAUAUUGUUAAAUUAGUGAAAGUAUAUAUUGUGGAAAAUAUAUUAGGUAGUAAAAGAGGAGAUAGGUUAGUAGACAAUUUUGUCAUGAGUUUAGUUGAUGAUGAUCAAAAGUUUGAGGCAUAUCCUUGGGGUCGCCGAUCUUUUAACGAAACAAUAAAAUACCUCAUAAACGCCCUAGAUUCAUCGAAGACAGGAUAUGAGCUAUGCGGCUUCCCUAUAGCCUUCCAAGUUUGGGGUUUUGAGAUUAUUCCUUUGUUCGCAUCAUCAUUUUCCAUUCAUAUUGGUUCAAAGUUCCCCAGAAUUUUGAACUGGAAGACAGGGAACAAGAGUUGUCAUUUAAAGACAAUUGGGAAAAAAGUUUUUAAAAAAUCAAAGGUUUAUGCUCCUUUAAACUUUUCUACUGAUGAAAGAAAUUCAUUUCAUCAUGCUAUGUUUUGUGUCUCUUCAACUUCUAAAAGAGGGACAGAAGAAGAUGAUCAUAAUUCGAAAACCAAAAAGAGAAAAAUUUCUACUUCAAGUAGUUCUAAUGAAGAAGUUAUUUCUUUGUUGAAGGAAAUCAAAGAAGAUAUUAUUUCUUUGUUAGAAGGUUCGUUUUUUAAUGUUUCCAACUUAUGUCCUUGUUUUUUGAAAAUAUGUUGUUUACAAUUUCUUAUAUAUUUUAGUUUUUCUGUGUUGCUCAUUAUAUAUUUUUGCCAUUCUAAUUUUUUUUUUCAGAAAAUCAAAGAAGAUCAUAUUGUAAUGAAAAAAGAUAUUACUGAUAUUAAAACAAAGGUGAAUGACAUUGAGGAGGGAAUGAAACGUUUUUUUGAUUUUAUGGAGGUUUUUAUGAAGAAACAUGAUGCAAACAAGGAAGUUCUUGGUGAAGGGCAAGGAGAAAGAGAAGAGGAGAAGAACAAAGAUCGGAAGUCUUCUCAAGAGGGGAAAUUCUUAUCUGAAGAUGAUUUGCAUCAAAGUAUGAAUGACUUCAACACUGUAGAAUGUGUUGGUCAUUUAGCAAUUAUUCUGGUUUCCAAUGUGGAAUCAAUUCAAAAUGAUCUUGAAGAAUUUACAACAAAUAAAAUUGAUAUUGGCCAUGACAAAGAUUUUGAGACUACUCCAACUUUCAAUAUUUUAUCCCAAUCAUCAAAUGACAAUCAUGAGGUUAAGAAAUUAUACUCAAGAAAGAAAAGGGAAAGGAAACCAAACAAAUUUGUUUGUUCUCCAUGUACCUAUGAUUUGUGAGCAAUUGUUUUUGCGUUGUCCAAUGAACGAAGAAAAAAGAAAGAACAUUUCAUUGGACGAUUUCCUUUUGAGAGCAAAUUUGAUGAUAUGCCUUCAAUGGAGUUGGAAGAAAGAUUCAUGUCAUGGUAUAAGCUUGGUCUUAAAAAGCAUAUGUACAUUGGUUUACUUAUUGAGUAUUUAUGUUAAUUAUAUUAAUACCAUUUGUUUUUUUUUAGGUCUAACAAGGAACCAUUCUAUGCAACAAUGCCUGGGUUUGUAUAUGGCGAUCAGUGCAUUAAUUAUAAGAGGUGGUUCCAUGAUUUAUAUGACAAGAAUGGCCUCCUUGAUGAUAAUGUAAGAUUAAAUUUCUUUUUUAUACUUUAUGAAAAUUUAUAUUCUUUUUCUUGUCCCUCGUUUUUCAUAUUGCAGCAUAUUUCUGUAGCAUUUUAUUAUUUGAGAAGGAAGGCUAUUUGUCAUAGUUGUUUGCCUUCAUUUCAAAAUUGUACUACAUCAGACUACAUUUUUUAUGCAUUUCUUAGGCAAGUAGCAGUUAGUGAAUUUGAAAUAGAAAAUUUUAAUUAGAUUAAGGAGGUGACUAUAAUUGAUAGAAUACUUGACAAAUCAAUUUUAUAUGGGAAGUCAUGGUUAGAUGUCGAUUUUGUAUAGCUGUCAUUUUUUAUUUUAGGUGGAAUUCACCUAAAUCAUUGGUGCUUAGGUGUUCUUGAGAUUGAUAAACGUAAAAUCUUUAUUUAUGAUUCUUACUACCAAGAUGGUGAUGAAAAUGUAAGAAAUCAUGUAGUAAGAAUCAUAAAUAAAGAUUUUACGUUUAUCAAUCUCAAGAACAUCUAAGCACCAAUGAUUUAGGUGAAUUCCACCUAAAAUAAAAAAUGACAGAUAUACAAAAUCGACAUCUAACCAUGACUUCCCAUAUAAGAUUGAUUUGCCAAGUACUCUAUCAAUUAUAGUCACCUCCUUACUCCAAUUAAAAUUUUCUAUUUCAGAUUCACUAACUGCUACUUGCCUAAGAAAUGCAUAAAAAAUGUAGUCCGAUGUAGUACAAUUUUGAAAUGAAGGCAAGCAACUAUGACAAAUAGCCUUCCUUUUCAAAUAAUAAAGUGCUACAGAAAUAUGCUGCAAUAUGAAAAAUGAGGGACAAGAAAAAUCAUAAAAAGAAUACAAAUUUUCAUAAAGUAUAAAACAAGAUAAAAAAGAAAUUUAAUCUUACAUUAUCAUCAAGGAGGCCAUUCUUGUCCUAUAGAUCAUGGAACCACUUCUUAUAAUUAAUGCACUGAUCGCCAUAUACAAACCCAGGCAUUGUUGCAUAAAAUGCAUAGAAUGGUUCCUUUUUAGACCUAAAAAAAAAACAAAUGGUAUUAAUAUAUAAAACAAUAUAAUUAACAUAUAUACUCAAUAAGUAAACCAAUUUACAUAUGCUUCUUAAGACCAAGCUUAUACCAUGAUAUGAAUCUUUCUUCCAACUCCAUUGAAGGCAUAUCAUCAAAUUUGCUCUCAAAAGGAAAUUGUUCAAUGAAAUGUUCUUUCUUUUUUCUUCGUUCAUUGGACAAAGCAAAAACAAUUGCUCACAAAUCAUAGGUAUAUGGAGAACAAACAAAUUUAUUUGGUUUCCUUUCCCUUUUCUUUCUUGAGUAUAAUUUCUUAACCUUAUGAUUGUUAUUUGAUGAUUGGGAUAAAAUAUUGAAAGUUGGAGUAGUCUCAAAAUCUUUGUCAUGGCCAAUAUCAAUUUUAUUUGUUGUAAAUUCUUCAAGAUCAUUUUGAAUUGGUUCCACAUUGGAAACCUAAAAAUCAGAAUUAGAUAGACAACUUAAGAAAAAUAAACAAACAUUUUGUAAAAAGAUAAAACACAAAAUAAUAAAAGGUUUUUCAAUUCAAAGAUAGAUUAAAAAUCAUACCGGAAUAAUUGCUAAAGGACCAACACAUUCUACAGUGUUGAAGUCAUUCAUACUUUGAUGCAAAUCAUCUUCAAAUAAGAAUUUCCCCUCUUGAGAAGAAGACUUUCGAUCUUUGUUCUUCACCUUCUCCUUGCCCUUCACCAGGAACUUCCUUGUUUGCAUCAUGUUUCUUCAUAAAAACCUCCAUGAAAUCAAAGAAACGUUUCAUUCCCUCCUCAAUGUUAUUCACCUUUGUUUUAAUAUCAGCAAUAUAUUUUUUUAUUACAAUAUGAUCUUCUUUGAUUUUCUGAAAAAAACAAUUAGAAAGGCAAAAAUAUAUAAUGAACAACACAGAAAAAACUAAAAUAUAUAAGAAAUUGUAAAGAACAUAUUUUCAAAAUGCAAACUAGACAAAAAACAAAAACAAGGACAUAAGUUGGAAACAAUAAAAAACGAACCUUCAACAAAGAAAUAUUAUCUUUGAUUUCCUGAAAAAAAUUAGAAGGGCAAAAAUAUAUAAUGAACAACACAAAACAAAAGUAAAAUAUACAAGAAAUUAUAAACAACAUAUUUUCAAAAUGCAAACUAGACAAAAAACAAAAACAAAGACAUAAGUUAGAAACAAUAAAAAACGAACCUUCAACAAAGAAAUAAUUUCUUCAUUAUAACUACUUGAACUAUAACUUUUUGUCUUUUUGGUUUUCGAAUUAUGAUCAUCUUCUUCUCUCCCUCUUUUAGAAGUUGAAGAGACACAAAACAUAGCAUGAUGAAAUUAAUUUCUUUCAUCAUUAGAAAAGUUUAAAGGAGCAUAAACCUAUACAUAAAACAAAAUAAAAAAAUUAAUACAACAAUUCUAAAAAAUAAGAGAGAAAGUUAAAAAAAAAUAAGAAAUAAAAACAAAUUUUUUACCUUUGAUUUUUUAAAAACUUUUUUCCAAAUUGUCUUUAAAUGUUAACUCUUCUUCCCUGUCUUCCAGUUCAAAAUUCUCGGGAACUUUGAACCAAUAUGAAUGGCAAAUGAUGACGCUAACAAAAAAAUAACCUCAAAACCCCAAACUUGGAAGGCUAUAGGGAAGCCGCAUAGCUCAUAUCCUGUCUUCGAUGAAUCUAGGGCGUUUGUGAGGUAUUUUAUUGUUUCGUUAAAAGAUCGGCGACCCCAAGGAUAUGCCUCAAACUUUUGAUCAUCAUCAACUAAACUCAUGACAAAAUUGUCUACUAACCUAUCUCCUCUUUUACUACCUAAUAUAUUUUCCACAAUAUAUACUUUCACUAAUUUAACAGCAUCCUCAGCAUCAAUAUCUAUUUUUCUAGAUUUAACGAAAUCUUUCAACUCAUUUCUAGAUAUUGAUGAUUUUCCACUUAAAUAUUUAACAAGUAAUCGAUUAUUAUCAUUGGUAACCCCCAUGUCAGCAUGAAUUUCAUUGCAAUUUAAAUUUGUUAUAAUUCUGAAUUCUUCAAUGCCAAAUUUUGUUUUGUUACCUCCAAAAUUUAGAUGAAGCUCAUUCCCAUUAGAGCUGCCAUCCUCAUGUAGAAGAAGAGAAUGCAUGAUCAUAUGCGAUGGUUCAAGUAAUGCAUCCAAAUCUAGAAUGAACCCAAGGCAAGAUUGUUUUAGCAGUUGUACUUCUUCAUUACUGAAAAAACUUUGAAUGCAUCCAAUAUCACUCCAAUAGCAUUGAGCUCGAAUAUUAGAAUGCAUAAAAAGUAAUUUAUCUUCAUUUAAA